AUGCAGUCGAUGAAAGAAACAGCUUCGAACAUUGCGGCUUCUGCAAAAUCAGGCAUGGACAAAACCAAAGCUACCUUGGAGGAAAAGGCGGAAAAAAUGAAGACGAGAGAUCCUGUUCAGAAACAAAUGGCUACACAGAAGAAAGAAGGAAAGAUUAAUCAAGCUGAGAUGCAGAAGAGAGAAGCGCAAGAGUACAACGCAGCCAUGAAACAAGCAGGUGGAGCUGGAACCGGAACCGGAACCGGUUUAGGUUUGGGUUCGGCUACUCAUUCGACCACUGGACAUGUCGGACAUGGAACUGGGACUCACCAGAUGUCGGCUUUGCCUGGUCAUGGAACGGGACAUCCAACAGGCCAUGUUGUGGAGGGAACAGCUGUGACUGAACCGAUUGGUACGAAUACUGGAACUGGUCGGACCACGGCUCAUAACACACGUGUUGGUGGUGGUGGUACCACUGGGUACGGAACCGGAGGGGGAUAUACUGGAUAA